CGCCUUGCCAUUUACGUGCUGUGAGUCUCUCAGAAAAAUGCCGAUGUGGCUUCUGUAAACGGAUUUAGGGAAUCAAGUUGGCGAAAAGUUGCAAUGGAACUUUUCCUCUUGUGCCUUUUUUGGGUGUGCAGCUUCGCUAUAUCAGCCGAGGACGAAAGACUGCCCAAUCGAUGCGAAGUGUGUAAGUUCCUGACGGUGGAGCUCCAAGCAGCCUUGGAGAAGACGGGUCGGUCCAAGGAGGUUCUGGAGCUAGGAGCAGUGCUGGACACGGGUAAACGCAGACGCAAGAUCAAAUACAAUACCUCUGAGACCCGUCUGACGGAGGCAGUGGAUAACAUCUGUGAAGGGAUCCUACAGUACAGUGUCCAUGCUGAGAGACCUGGCAGCCUCCGAUACGCCAAGGGUACCAGUCAGACCAUGGCCACUCUGAAGAACCUGGUCCAUAAGGGGGUGAAGGUGGAGUUGGGUCUGCCCUAUGAACUCUGGGACGAACCCUCAGUGGAGGUGUCCGACAUGAAGAAACAGUGUGAGACGAUGCUAGAGCAGUAUGAGGAGGUUGUGGAGGACUGGUACUUCCACCAUCAGGAGGAGAGGCUGGAGCGCUUCCUGUGUGAGACACACAUUCUCAAGACCUCCGAGCAAGAAUGUCUACAGGAGGUUUGGAAGGGUGACAUGGGAAAGAAGGGAUCCAAAGUGGAGGUAGCAAGUGAAGAAGAGGGAGGAGGGAAGACUCACGAUGCAGGAGAACUGUGAAAUCAUCCAAAAUGGCGGAGUGAAAGUCUCCCUAACAGAACUACCCCUCUUUCCUUCCCAAAUGGUCAUACGAUAUUUGGAGUGGAACAUAGUUAGAAUGCAUGGAGCAAAGUUACAUUCAACAUCAAUAAUACUGUAUGUAGCAGACCAACCAACUGAACAUUACAAUUCCUAUCUCUGCAUCGACAAUCCGCCUCCUGUCUUGCUCCUCAGAAAGCUAAAAGUGAGCUAAGUCAAGUCUCCCAAACCUUCACCACUCUAUUAUCAUACACUAUAUCUACAAAAGUAUGUGGACACCCCUUCAAAUUAGUGGAUUCGGCAAUUUCAGCCACGCCCGUUGUUGACAGGUGUUUAAAAUCGGGCACACAUUCAUGCAAUCCCCAUCGACAAACAUUGGCAGUAGAGGUGGUGGAAAGCUCGCCGUUAUUAAAUUCUGGAGCAAUGGAAACGCGUUCUCUGGAGUGAUGAAUCCCGCUUUACCAUCUGGCAGUCCCACAGUCUAAUCUUCGUUUGGCGGAUGCCAGAAUAAAGCUACCUGCCCUAAUGCGUAGUGUCAACUGUAAAGUUUGGUGGAGGAGGAAUAAUGGUCUGGGACUGUUUUUCCUGGUUUGGGCUAGGCCCCUUAGUUCCAGUGAAGGGAAAUCUUAACGCUACAGCAUACAAUGACAUGGUAGAAGAUUCUUUGCUUCUAACUUUGUGGCUGCAGUUUGGGGGUGGCCCUUUCCUGUUUCAGCACGACAAUGUCACUGUGCACAAAGCAAGGUCCAGAAGUGGUUUGUUUGUGAUCAGUGUGGAAGAACUUGACUGGCCUCCACAGAGCCCUGACAACCCUAUUGAUCAUCUUUGGGAUGACUUGGAAUGCCGAGAGCGAGCCAGGCGUAUCGCCUAACAUCAGUGCCAGUCCUCACUAAUGCUCUUGUGGCUAAAUGGAAGCAAGUCCCUGCAGCAAUGUUCCAACAUCUAGUGGAAAGCCUUCCCAGAAGAGUAGAGGCUGUUGUAGCAGAAAAGGGGGGGAUCAACUCGAUAUUAAUGAACAUGAUUUUGGAAUGAGAUGUUCAACGAGCAGGUGUCCACAUACUUUUGGUCAUGUAGUGUAUCUAUGGAGCAAGGGGCAAUCCAGUUGUGUCCAACAUUGGAAUAGUCAUAGAUGUGUCAUUGUUUACAGUUUACAUCAAAUCAAUAUCAUCAAUUUACACACACCUGUCCCUUUUCAGUAGGUAAGUUGAAACUGAGAAUGCUACAGAACACUACAACAUGAAAGUAAAUUGAAAACCAACUGCAUUAUCUAAGAUGGGGAAGUAUAGGAAAUUGGAAAGCCUUUUUACCCUGUCGAAGUGUGCCCAUGUUUUGUAUUCGUGUACCACUAUAUGGUACAUUUUUGUUUCCUAAAUCCAAUAUGUACCGUUUUUAAAUUUGAAUAAACUCUUAUCACAUUGUG